AUGUCCAGUUAUACUAUCCAGCCUGGUGAUACCUUCUGGGGAAUUUCACAAAGAUAUGGGUUGAGUCUUGAUGCUGUCAUGAAUGCUAAUCCCGGUGUCGCUCCAGAGCAACUUCAAAUUGGUCAACAGAUACGUCUUCCGGGAGCGGGAAAUGCCAGUGCUGAGAGAUCAUCUUCUGGUGGACGGAUGGAUACAACAUUAAAUUGGAAAAUACCCAAUUGGCUAGGACGAUUACGUGACAUGGUCAAUGCAGCAUCGCAAGCAACAGGUGUACCAGCUUAUCUAAUCGGUGCUGUUAUUUAUCAAGAAUCCAGUGGAAACGUCAAUGUUGAUUCAACAUGGAAUCCGAACGGUGGCGGUGAUUCAGGUCUUAUGCAGGUCAAUCAAUUUACAGCAGAUGAAUUGGAAAGAAAAUAUGCUGAUCGCUUUCGAAACCUACAUGGUCCUGCUAAAAAUGUCAUGUUAGGUGCAAGUUAUCUGAAAGACAUGUAUGACACAGUAGCCGAUCGUGAUUGGGGUAUAACUCUUCGCGCUUAUAAUUCCGGGCCGAAUGGUAUUGACAAAAAUGACUUGAGUGCAUUACCAGCUGGCACGGGUGAUCGAACUUAUGUGAAGAAAGUGCUUCGAUUCUGGAGUGACAUUUCUCAAGGCAAUGAUCUUCCUGCUGAUCACUACGAAUCGAUCUUUGGUCGAGGAUUUUGA